CACAUAUAGUUACCGAAUUUGCAAUACUACACUUUUAUAGUAUAUGGAAUGAGUAUAGGUACUUGAUUUUAUAAAAUAAAUAUCAGUACGUGAGAGGUAUUAAUUCAUAACCUUUUACAUAUAAAAGUGUUGCAACAACUCCUUGGUAAAAAUCCAUUCCAUUAAUGUCAAUUUUCUUAGCCUAGUCAGUACCCUGCCUUACAUCUGCGCAAAUCGAACUUGUAAACCUUUGCUUCACUAUUUUCAACCCAUCUCUUAAGUUUCACUGCCAGCAAUCUCUCCGGUUCUUUACCUUCACGAAUUCAACCACUAAUUUCGAUGACUGAACUCGUAAAGAACACCGAACAGUUUCAAACCAUGGGCGAGGACGCCAACUUGAAGAGAUGGAGGGAAACAACGAAAUCACUGUUAGAUGCUGUAGACAAUUUAUACUGUCAACCCUACAGCAUUUGCGUGGUUCCGGAGGAACUCCGGAAACAGAACGAGAGUGCUUACGAGCCAAAGGUGGUGUCAAUUGGACCCCGGUUCAAGGGCAAAAGGGAGCUACAACAAAUGGAAGAGAUCAAGUGGCGUUGCAUGUUGUGUCUCCUUUCGCGAACCAAAGGAGACGGAACGAAAAUCCUCGAAACCUGCAUGCGCGAAAUGUUGGAGCUAGACGCAACAGUUCGCGCAUGCUACGGGGAGGAAAUCAAGCUCAACAGGUAUGAUCUGGCCACAAUUAUGGUGUAUGACGGCUGUUUUCUCUUAGAGCUCGCCAUUUCAAAAGAAAAAGACUGGAGCGCGGUGUUCCCGCAACAGUCUGUUUCUGUCUCAGUGAGCGAUCUAGGGACUAAAGUCGGGGAAAUGGAAGCAGUAUUGACUGACCUCACGCUGUUAGAAAAUCAAAUACCCUUUUUCAUUCUGGAUAAGUUGUUUCAAAUUCUUUUCCCCGGUAGCAAUCUCAGCAGCAGUAUAGAAAUUAUGGUUUUGCUCCUUUGGCAACAACAAUUGCCCAAGCGAAUUUACCCUGCUCAUGUUGUUGAACUUGUUCAUUCCACUUUUCUAUGGAUGCAUGAUAUUCCAAUCCGAGAUGCUUCUUCUGUUGUUGUAGAUGUUGAUGAUUAUAGUGUUAUUAUCAAACAAGUAAAACUGAAUCGCUGUGCUGCUAGGCUCAUAGCUGCUGGUGUUACGAUCAGACUUCACCCUGGUUCUGACAAUUCAAUAAUGUUUAGAAUUCAUGAUUUUAGUGUUCAAUUCAGCUACAACAACGGGGUGCUGCUAAUUCCGCACCUUCGUAUCACUCAAACAACGGAACCAAAGUGGAGGAGUUUCAUUGCGUGGGAGCAUCAUAGAAACAAGUCCAAAAAUGAAGAGUUUGGAAACAGCACUGAACAGGAUGGUAUAGAGUAUGCAAACGUGUUCACUUUUCUGGCCUUGCUCUUCAAUGAUUUGAUAUGUUGCGCCAGCGAUGUUCAAAUUCUUAAGAACAAGGGAAUCAUCAAAGAUGAGUUGGGUAUGAGUAAUCACGAGGUGGUGGAUUUCUUUGGUUCCGUCGCUAAUGGAAUUGACCGGGGCCACGUUGGUUCGGGUUACAGCAACAUCAUUGAUGCCUUGAACACAUUUUCGGCAACAAAUUUUGUCACGAGGUUUCCCAUAAUUGCGUGUCAUGAUUUGAGCCGAAUAACAGAAUGGAUUUACGGCCUUCAAAAGUUUUUGAGGCGCGGUUACAACUUCGCUGCAGCGUUGAUAACUCUUCUCACUGUUGUUCAGACUUGUUAUGCAGUCCUCGCUUAUCAUUAUCCACACGAGGAUGACAACAAAAACCUGUUUAACACCACCCAGAUUCAUGCUAAAAUAAAUUGAGUUAUGUAGACGAACAUUUGUUGGCUGAUGAUUCUCCGGUUCUAUUGAAAUAUUUAUAAUAGUGUGUUUGAAUUAGUUGUUUGGUGAGAAUAAUUUAUUGUUUUCUUGAUGGUGGUGACAAAAUUAUGAACAUUUUUUAAUGGUAUAUAUUAUUGUGAUGUUAUGGAAAAA